AUGACUUCAGAGGACCUUCAUGCAAUCUCCGCUGACUGGCUCAAAAGGCUAGAGAACGCGUCGUCUACCGGAGAUGUUAAAUCAUUUGUCAGCCAUUUCCUUUCGGACGGGUGGUUCAGAGAUCUUCUUUGUUUUUCUUGGAAUUUCAGAACGCUAUCAGGACCAGAAAAAAUCCACGGAUUUCUUUCGGAGGUGGUUGAUGGAAAGUCGCGACUGGAAUAUUCUGGUCUUCGUGGCUUCAAGCUAGACGAUCACACCGUCAAUGCUCCUUCACCAUUCAAAUUACCAGGUCCGCGAGGGAUUGAAGGAGUACAAGGUGCUUUCACCUUCAGCAUUACAAAGCCGGCUGCACUCGGGCGCGGCUUCUUUCGUCUCACACAAGAUAUCGAUGGAAACUGGAAGGCUUUAACUCUUUUCACAAACAUGCAGGACCUCGUGGGGUUCGAGGAAUCCUCCAAAGACCGACACGGCCUAUAUGAGGGUCGACAAAUUACUUGGGAGGAGGAUGUCGACGCAAAAUUCCGUGCCAUAGAGGCGGACCCCACUGUGUUAAUCGUUGGUGGUGGACAAUCCGGCCUUACGUGUGCAGCGCGGUUGGGGAGGUUGGGGAUCCGUGCACUCGUAAUCGAGAAACAUACGCGUGUUGGAGACUGCUGGCGACAACGGACAAACUUCCCCAAGUACAUUCCUAAGGGGAAACUUGCUAAUUUCGUGGAGUCGUACGCUGUUAAUCAGGAAUUAUGUAUCUGGCUCUCAAGUAUCGUCGCCUCAACUCCAGUGUACGACUCAUCAUCCGCAAGAUGGACUGUUGAAGUACAGCGUGGAGACCGGAAAGUAAUCUUCAAACCGAAGCAUCUGAUACUUGCCACAGGAGGCGGGAGGCCUCGUAUUCCCACUUGGGAUGGAAUGUAUGACUUUCGAGGAGCGUUGUAUCAUUCCGACUUCCAUACAGAUGCAGAGCAGUUCCGAGGCAAACGCGUUGUCGUUGUGGGCGCGGGCAAUGCUAGUGGGGACAUCUGUCAAGAUUUUGUAGCACACGGUGCCGCUGAGGUAACAAUUGUCCAAAGAAGCGCUACAUGCGUUGUAUCCUCUUCCGCAGCAGAGGAAACCCACUUCAAGCUGCCUUUUUCUGACAACAACCCUAUCGAAGAACUAGAUUUCCGCACCAAUUCACUGCCUCUAGCCUUGCUUCUGCAACUGAUGAAAUCAGGCGGGACACAACACGUGAAGAUGCUCGACAAGGAACUCCACGAAGGUUUGCGCAAGGCUGGAUUCAACUUAACUUGGGAACUUUCGCCCGGCGGUGGUGAGGUUGGGCUGGAAGGAUUUUUAUUUAGCCGCGCUGCAUCAGGAACUAUGCUCGACAUAGGCUGUGGUAAGCUAAUCGUCGAAGGCAAAGUCAAGGUAAAGCAAGGUCAAGACAUCAGUCACUUUGACGAAGACGGGAUCAAGUUUAAAGAUGGCUCUAAGCUCUCAGCAGAUGUUAUCGUCCUAGCUACAGGAAACGAACCCGUCAUGAAGGGCACAAGAGCUCUUCUUGGCGACAAGAUUACCGAACAACUUCCGCCUAAGGUGUGGGGCCUUGACUCAGAGGGAGAGCUUAAUCAGACGUAUCGACCCUCUGGACAUCCGGGACUUUGGUUCGCUAUCGGUCCAUUUGGAGUCUCGCGAUUUUUCAGUAAACACUUGGGUCUCCAGAUCUUGGCACAAGAGCUUGGCAUAGCAUGAGCGCUAUAAAUAUACAAGUGAUUGCCGCUGCGCGGCCCGUCUUGUCAAGGAGGACCAAUUGAUUCUAUUCAAUAUUUGCUUCU